CUCAAAUGCAUCGAACUCCAUGGGUCUAGGGAAGGAUGUGGGGGGAGGUGACAGGAGGCGGGGCAAGAUCCCCAAAGAGGUUAAAUAGGUCACCUCCGCGCUUGUGCUCAUCCUGGUCUCCCCUGAGCAAAGAGACCCACACACAGAGACCUUCUCCUGGGCUCCCGGCACCAUGACCUCCCUGAAGAUGCUGCUCCUGGCUGCGCUCCUCCUGGGGGCUUCCCUGCAGGACACCCAUGCAGCUCGAGGAACCAGUGUGGGCCGGGAGUGCUGCCUGGAGUACUUCAAAGGAGCCAUUCCUUUCAGGAAGCUGGUGAGGUGGUUCCGGACCCCAGGGGACUGUCCCAGGGAUGCCAUCGUGCUGGUGACUCUCCGCGGCAGAUCCAUCUGUUCAGACCCCAAGGAAGUGUGGGUGAAGAAGGCGGUCAAGCACUUGCAAAACACCACGAAGCGAUUUGAUCUGGCCACCCAGGGGGCCUGACUUCUCCCUGGCCCAUCUGGAGUCUUCCCGCCUCCACGUUCACUACCCCAACCCCGAGCUCCCUGGGUCCAGUGGAGGCCUUACGAGGACAAAGAGGCCCCUGACCCCUUCUCUGAUUAAAGUUUU